CUGGAGAGGUGGCGGCCCGGCGGGGUAGGCGCGGGUGACCGUAGCGGAGGAGCAGAGAUUUUUGCUGUGACAAUUAACAGUAACAGUUCAAUAUGGGGGAUAUUCUGGCUCAUGAAGCAGAAUUACUUGGACUAGUGAAAGAGUAUUUAGAUUUUGCUGAAUUUGAAGACACCUUGAAAACAUUUUCAAAAGAAUGCAAAAUAAAAGGAAAACCAUUAUCUAAAACAGCAGGUGGCUCUUUAAGGGACUCCAAAUCAUUGAUAAUCCAGAAGGACCUCAUCGCUGCAUUUGACAAUGGAGACCAGAAGGUGUUCUUCAAUUUGUGGGAAGAGCACAUUCCCAGUUCCAUCCGAGAUGGUGACUCCCUUGCCCAGAAGUUGGAAUUCUAUCUUCACAUUCAUUUUGCCAUCUAUCUUCUGAAACACUCCGCAGGGAGACCAGACAAAGAGGAGCUGGAUGAAAGGAUUUCUUAUUUCAAAGCCUACCUGGAGACCAAAGGGGCAGCCUUGAGCCAGACCACAGAGUUUCUCCCUUUCUAUGCCCUGCCGUUCGUUCCCAACCCUAUGGUACACCCCUCAUUUAAAGAACUCUUCCAGGAUUCUUGGACUCCAGAAUUAAAGUUGAAGUUGGAAAAGUUUCUGGCUUUAAUUUUUAAAGCCAGUAACACACCAAAGCUUUUAACAUUGUAUAAGGAGAAUGGACAGAGUAACAAAGAAAUGUUGCGGCAGCUCCACCAGCAGCUGAUAGAAGCUGAGCGUCGGUCCAUGACGUACCUGAAACGGUACAGUAAGAUCCAGGCGGACUACCACAGUCUCAUCGGCGUCACGGCCGAGCUGGUGGAUUCUCUGGAGGCCACGGUCAGUGGCAAGAUGAUCACGCCGGAGUACCUCCAGAGCGUCUGCGUCCGCCUCUUCAGUAACCAGAUGCGGCAGAGCCUGGCGCACAGCGUGGACUUCACAAGGCCUGGGACGGCUUCAACCAUGUUAAGAGCCUCCUUGGCACCUGUGAAGUUGAAGGAUGUCCCGCUGCUGCCCUCCUUGGAUUAUGAGAAACUGAAGAAGGAUUUGAUUUUGGGGAGUGACCGCUUGAAAGCCUUCUUGUUGCAGGCUCUGCGCUGGCGCUUGACCACGUCCCAUCCUGGAGAGCAGAGGGAGACCGUCCUGCAGGCCUACGUCAGCAAUGACCUCUUGGACUGUCACAGCCACAGCCAGAGGAGUGUGCUUCAGCUGCUGCACUCCAAGAGUGAGGUGGUGCGGCAGUACAUGGCCAGGCUCAUCAAUGCUUUUGCAUCCCUGGCAGAAGGUCGCCUCUACCUUGCCCAGAGCACAAAGGUGCUGCGGAUGCUGGAGGAAAGGCUGAAGGAGGAAGACAAGGACAUGAUCACCCAGGAGAAUGUUCUUGGGGCCUUGCAGAAGUUCAGCCUCAGGCGCCCACUGCAGACAGCGAUGAUUCGAGAUGGCCUCAUCUUCUGGCUGAUUGAUAUUCUGAAGGACCCCGACUGCCUAUCUGACUACACGCUAGAGUACUCGGUGGCCCUGCUCAUGAACCUCUGCCUCCGGAGUGCAGGGAAGAACAUGUGCGCCAAGGUGGCAGGCCUCGUGCUGAAAGUUCUUUCAGAUCUGCUCGGCCAUGAAAACCAUGAGAUACAGCCGUAUGUGAAUGGAGCCCUGUACAGCAUUCUUUCUGUUCCAUCCAUUCGUGAGGAAGCACGAGCAAUGGGAAUGGAAGACAUCCUUCGCUGCUUCAUCAAAGAAGGCAAUGCUGAAAUGACCCGCCAGAUUGAAUUUAUCAUCAAGCAGCUUAAUUCAGAAGAGCUACUGGAUGGUGUUCUUGAAUCUGAUGAUGAUGAAGAUGAAGAUGAUGAAGAGGACCAUGACACUAUGGAAGCCGAUCUGGACAAAGAUGAACUGAUCCAGCCCCAGCUUGGAGAACUCUCAGGCGAGAAGCUUCUGACCACAGAGUACUUGGGAGCUGGAAGACCGUCCCGUUUGUCCCCAGACGGCCCGACACACCAGAAAAGGCUGCCUUCCGUCCCUGCUGGACGCCCACCUUCCAGUCUACAAGGGGGCCGCCGUGGAUGCCAAGCCGGGAGAGUGGUUGCCAGCUGGACGUCAGGGAGAGCCUCGCCUGCCCCCCACGGGGGACCCCAGCCAGCCAAGGGAGGUGCCCCAGAUCCUGGGCAGUGGAGAGACCACCAGGUCCCAUGUGGUGAAGCCAGCCAACCGUCCUGGGUCUGCACAGCUGGCUCCUCCAGAUCUGGCCUCCCUGUCCGUGACUGUGUGAUGGGACACCCCCAGGAACCCAAGGCCAACCCUCUGCCAUUGCCACCACCAGGAAUGGCUGCCGGUGUUCACCUGAGUAGUUUUUACGAGGUUCUCUUGGUAGUUCCUUCUUAAAAUGUAGUAGGGCUACAUUCAAAAAUGGUCUAAUUUUUAUGUUACGUAUACUUUACCACAAUUUAGAAAUAAUUAACUGCUAUAACAAUGGUAAAAAUAUAAAAAUUAGAAUAGCAAGAUAGGAAAAAGAAAUCAUUUGAUCCAAGUAAUAUUACAAGAAAACCCCUCCCUAGGCCCUAUAAAAACCUCCUUUAUAUGUAUAAUAAAGGCAUCAGCUAUGAGCUUCAUCUCAUUCUUUUGCAGUCUUUGCUCACCAGUCUGACAGGCGCCUUAUCUGUGAACUCCCCAAGAGCGGGAAUUCAGUCUAGUUGACUUCUGAUCCCUAGUCCCUGGCAUAGUUCCUAGCCCACGUGUGGGUUAUCAUUGAAUGACAGGAAAACAAAACGUUAGGAGGAAGACGUAAUAGAUUAUGACUUAUCAGUCUGAUAGAAUAGUCCGCAACCAAUGUGAAUAGUAAUGACGGAGGCUACUCAGACAUAUGGAGAGAUAACGGGUAAGGCUUAUAAAGACAGAGCAACAUAGGAGAGCCUGUAUGAGGGCAGCCAUGUCAAAAUGUGCACGCGUGUAAAAGGCAUGACGUGGAAAAUGUUCAGGGGGAUAAUAUUGUGAGUGAUGUAAAAAUAAAAUUUCUUUUUAAAAAAUAAUUAUUUUAAAGUUAAAAAAAUGUCAUAGGGCUAAAUCUCAUAGGGGAUCCUUGCCUUCUGGCCUAAAGUAUGGGCAGGUUUUCUGCCAGUUUUUUCCUCAAUUUGAAUUUGGAGACGUUUUAGAUAUUUAAGUUUACUUUUCUAAUUAUUAAAGUAAUAUAUUCUCAAUGUAAAAAAGGGGGGACAUAUAGAAAUAUAGAAAUGAAUCAAAUAAAUUCCGCUGUUUCUUCCCAAGUCCCACUGCCCAGAGCUGGAAUCCCCAUUUGUGGGGCACUUACCACAGCUGGGCCCAGGGCACAACCUCGCUGAAUCGUCAAAGCUGUCCUAUAGAUGUUUCACAGGUGGGGAAACUGAGGCUCCCAAAAUGUCAGUGGACUGGCCCACGAUCAGUCACCAGCUGGAGAGCAGCAGAU